UGUGCAUUCGGCACGGUCACACUGAAGCAAACAACUUUGAAUAAUACCGUACAGUUUAAAUUUCCCAUAAUUUCGCGUUGUUUAUUUAAUUAAAUAAUUCCUAUACAUUUGUGCGGAAAAUGGAAUCUACUAAAGAAAACGAUGCCAGCGUCUUGGCGCCGUCGCAAGAGGACGCCAUUGCGGCUCAAACAAGCACUCCAGUGGCAAACAAAACGCGACGAGCGCUGCGCAAGAGGAUGGACAGCACUGUUGAUGAGUCGGUACUGCAUCCUGGGCCACCGAAGACACCGGGCACGCCGGGCUCUCGCACUCUAGGCAGCGAAACGCCCCGGCGCAGCUGCCGGAAGAGUGUGCGACCGCCCAUCGACUACGAAGACAUAGUGCGAUCCGCCAAGAAACUGAUUCCUGAUGAUGUUGAUGACCAAGAAGAAGAAGAGCAGACGGCUGUUCAGAAAUGGAAGUUAGCUGAGGUGGGCAGGAGCACACGAAAGCGCAACCGCAAAUCCAAGCGGUUGGCAGGUAAAAAGCCGAAAACGGAACAGGAUGAGCCGGAGUCUACUGGUAUAGACAGUGGUGUCAAGGACGCAGAAGCGCCAAUAGAGGAGUCAGAGGAUAAACUAGAGCAGUCAGCGGUCGAAGAAACGCAGGCAGAGAAAAAUCUGGAGCACCUGAAGGAUGUCAAGGAGAUGCAGCCAGAGAAUAAACUGGAUCAAUCAGUGGCCGAAGAAAUGCAGACAGAGGAUAAACUGGAGCACCUGAAGGAUGUCAAGGAGAUGCAGCCAGAGAAUAAACUGGAUCAAUCAGAGGCCGAAGAAAUGCAGACAGAGGAUAAACUGGAGCACCUGAAGGAUGUCAAGAAGAUACAGCCAGAAGAUAAACUAGAGCAAUCAGAGGCCAAAGAGUUGCAGCCAGAAGUUACCGGAUUGCUACCAGACAUACAAGAUGGAUGUCAGAAGCCACAGCAUGCAGGGGACGUUGUUGAGAAAUCCGAGUUGCUAGACUCUAAAUCCAAGAACAAAGCCAGUUCAAGGAAAAGCUCCAGAGUAUCCAGAAAAGCAAAUACACCCGCGGCUGCCACGGCCAAGAAGAAGCGUAUUAAUAACUACAAGCAUAUUGUUGGCGAUGAAGACAUCGAAGAUCUAGGCUUAACUCCACUCGAGGAUCCGGGCGAGAAGACAUUGCUGGAAACCCAGUUGCUCCCACUCGCCUUUGCUGAGGAGUUCGGUAAAAAGCGAGAAACCAUGCCGGAAUCCACCGCAGUAACUGAGCGAGUCAUUCAGGAAGAGGAAAUGCCUCUUCAACCACUGAAUGAUGUAUUGCUGGAAGAUGAAGAAAUGGCUUCGCUAAUUAUGCUCGACGAUGAUGAUGAAGCCGAGAAGCCAACAUUGAACACAACGUUCGAUGCAGAUGACAUCAAACAAGAGGAUCAGAGUGUCAUCCUACUGGACAGUCCCAUAGUUCAUCCAGUAAGCGAGGGACAGAAGUCAUCGAUUAAAGUGGUUCUUACCACAACAGACGAUAAAACAGAGACAUUAUUAAAUCUAGAACAUGCAUCACAAAAGCCAAAAGGCUACCCCUUUGCCACUCCAUUCACUACAAAAGUUAAUUUUUCCGAUUUCCCGGAGCCAUCUGGCAGUAACCAGAAUAAGUUGGAGGCAGAACCCAGGUAUGGACGAAGGCGUUCCAAGUCUGCAAGCCAAUUGGACGAUACCAUGUCACGGACUGUGACUUUCCGAAGCUCGCCAAUUGAGAUAGUUAGUGUCGUCGACAUCGACAACCGCUGGAAGGAGGCCAACAACACUAAUAAUGUCACCAAUCGCCGCAGGCGCUCCAAGUCGUUGGAUGAGAGAAAGGGCUUUACGAGCCGACUUCCCAAGCCAAGAAUCCAACCGCUGCCAAAGCCCAAACCUGUCACACCCAGUCAGGUAAAGAAGCGAACCAAGCUUCCAGAUUUUUCAGCUCUUCACCAGAAAGAGUUCGCAAAGAUGGAGAGCUUGGUUGAUCAUGUGGAGCGUAAGGCUGAGCGCGCCAAGAUCCUAACCACUUCUGCCCUGAAGAAGCCACUAGGAUCCGCCGCCAAACAAGCACAGAGCUCCACUUCUGCAGCAGAACGAUCACAAGGUCCACGUCCAAAGGCCUCAAAGAAAAUCGAUUUGGCUGCUGAUCGUUCUGUGGUAGCUGAAAAUCCGGAUAAGAAACUGCCUCCAUCCCGACUGCCACUGAAGAGCGCCCUGAAUGUAACAGCGGUACCGCGGCCAGCUUUCAAUUUGUCCACCGCCACAGCAAAAUCUUUCAAUGCCACAAUCUGCAGCAAGUCUGCGGAGUCGCAGAAAGACAAGCUGGUGGAACGGCGACAACGCCACAUGGAUAUGUUCAAGGGCAGAGCAGCGACGAAGGGUCAAGACAAGAAGUCCGAGUUUAUCCGAGGAGUGCGCCUGAAUCGCCGCUUCGAGCUGCAGAUGCAGCACCGCAAACAUCUUGAGGAAGAUUAAGAUUAGGGUCUUUCGUUCAUUCUAUAUUUAACAAGUGUUGAGAAGUAUUUAAGUGUUAGUUUAAGUUCCUGCUUUUGUCAAAUAUUCGGCGCUUCAUGCUGCAGAUGCCUGACCGCAAACAUCUUAAGAAGGGUUAGUGUUUUUCUGUUUAUUCUGUAUUUAAAUUGUGCUGAAAAGUUUUUAAGUUUUUGCGUUACCGUUU